GUGGAGGUGAAGGAGGGGACCUCUGUGAAUUUGAGCUGCUCUGCUGCAGCACCCUGUCCUGAACUCCCCCCAGAUCUGACAUGGACCCCCAGGCUGAAUGACAGUGUGGAUCAACUGCAAGAGAAUGAGGAUAAAACCAAAUCUGUGUCUUCUGUUCUGACCUUCACUGCUUCCCACUUCCACCAUGGGCAGAACAUCACCUGCAAGGCACUUUACACACUGCAACAAGGAGACAUUCAGAAGACAUCCAGUCUGACUCUUAGAGUUCUAUAUCCUCCUAAGAACACCUCAGUGUCAGUCAGUCCCUCUGGAUCAGUGUUUGCGGGCAGCUCUGUGACUCUGACCUGCAGCAGUAAUGCCAACCCAGCAGUGCAGAACUACACCUGGUAUAAAGUGAAUGGGACAGAGAUGAACACUGUAGGAACUGGACAGAAUCUCACCUUCAAUGUGACUGAGUCCAGUGGCAGUGAACAGUACUACUGUGAAGCACAGAAUGAACAUGGCAAGGAGAACUCAACAGCUUUACAGCUGCAAGUCGACUAUCCUCCUAAGAACACCUCAGUAUCAAAAAGUCUCCCUGGUUCAGUGUUAGCGAGCAGCUCUGUGACUCUGACCUGCAGCAGUAAUGCCAACCCAGCAGUGCAGACCUACACCUGGUAUAAAAUGAAUGGGACAGAGAAGCACACUGUAGGACCUGGACAGAAUCUCACCUUCACUGUGACUGAGUCUAGUGGCAGUGAAACAUAUUACUGUGAAGCACAGAAUGAACAUGGCAAGGAGAACUCAACAACUGUACAACUGAAUGUGAAAUACAUGCCUCAGAUCUCUGGCUCUGGGAGCUGCAGCAGAACUGCAGCAGAGAUCAGCUGCUUCUGUGAGAGCCGUGGGAAUCCCUCUCCUAGCAUGGAGUGGCGUGUGUCUGGACUGCGGGUCACUAACUCUACUGACAGAGUCAUCAGGGAGGAGCAGCUGGGGAACACAGGCCUGAGGAGCUCCCUCACCAUGCGCCAAUCACAGGGAGACACGCCCACACUCCUCUGCGUCAGCACCAACACUCUCGGCUCCUCCAACCUCCAGCUCCACGUCCUGUCUCCACAGCAACACUCAGGAUUAAAUUGCAAUCCACUAUUUCAUAUUAUCAUCGUAGGACUGAUUUGUCUGUAUGUGCUGACUGUUGGAUUCUGUAUCCACAAAAAUAAAAGGUUGUCUAGAAGACUGAAGGAAGGGAGGGACGGGGACACAUAUGCCAGUCUGCAGCUCCCCAACAUCAGCCCUGAAUAUGACGUGCUGCAGGUAAAAAACAAGCAUCAGAAACACACAGGGACUACACAAGAAGAGAACGAUGAUUAUCAGAACCCUGAAGAUGGAAACAGACCAGAUUCAGGGGCUAAUUAAAAAUGUGAGCAUGUUGUGUUUCUUUUAAAGCUGAUUUAUUUUUGCUUUAAAAACAAAACAAAAAAAAAACAC